GUUAUCAACUUGUGAGAAGUGAGAUACAAUGGGUUUGGACAUUGACCGACUUAUAGGUUAUGGGGACGAUUUCGGCAUGACAUACCCAAGGAGGAUGUUCAAAAUUGGCAUUAAUAAGCUAAAAAAGAGAGGAAAGCUUCCGAAACAUCCACACAAGGGAUUUCGGGCUGGUUUGAAAAACGCUAUGGUUAAGCACCCUCCGUACCUGAAAAGUCAAUGGGACGAUGAGGUUGAUGAGGUGUUCAGUGAGGAACAGGACUUUGACUGGUAUCAUGAUGAAACAGGAUCUAACGACCUGCCAGACUUCAGCUAUCCAGACUACAAACCUAACUUUGGGCUGAAAGAUCGGCUGGGAGAUGUAGGAAGCGAGGAUGAAUUUGGAAGUGAUCCUGCUUGGGCGAAAGUUGUUGACCAGAAAGCUAUAGAAAUCAGGAAAUGA